AUGCCGUCUGUUUCUGUUCUGUCGCAAUACACGUUCAACAACUGGGGACCACUUACCACAACCUGGACCCCGCCUGCUUCUUGUCAGUCGAUACAGUCUGAAAACCUCUAUAUCGCCAAAGCCAGCACUCCAACGAUCAACGUCGGAAAGCUCUCCUGUGACGUAGUCAAUGAUGACUGGAGCUGCUAUCCAACAGGCACAAUCACUAAUAUCCCAACCGCGACCUCAUGGUUUGAGGACCCUCGCAGCGCCGAAUUUUACGAGACAUACUACUCUCCUGGUCUCUAUUGUCCCUCCGGGUGGGGCCCAGUUGCAACGGCAUCGCGCAAUGGGACUAAGACUGUAGAAUGGAAUGGCGCUUUUGAUCCCGCUCCCACUUCGCUAGGGUCAGAUCUCGAGGUGUUCGAGAACGUGGCCAACAACGUCUUCCUGCAGGUUCUGGCCCCAAGCGAAACUGCUGUCCUGUGCUGUCCAAAGUCUAUGACACCUGGUUACAACGGAGAAAUUUGCUACUCAACAUUACCGAACUACGAGUUUUCUACUGCCUGCGAUUAUUGGCUGCCACCCCCUGAUAUGUCCGCCUCGAUUGAAACCAAAUCGAUUUGGUGGUAUGGCACCACCGCCGAAGCGCUGAUAGAGUCAUUCACCGCAGAUACCCUGAUUACACAAACCGUAACUAAUACCUUGCACCCAAGCGAAUUGUCUAGCUUUGUUGUCGUCACAGCAAUUGCACCCGUCAGGCUCGUGCAUCAACCAACAGAUGUAAGCACGUCUACGGGUGUAAGCACAUCUACUGGUGUAAGCACGUCUACGGGUGUAAGUACAUCUAACCCGGCGGCCAGAGUUAGUCCAAGACCUUCAAAUUGGAAUGGGAUUGUCACUGUGCUCGGUGUCACUGUUGCAGGAAUGAUUCUGGGGGCAGCUAUGAUCUUGCCUUGGUAG